ACUCAGCCCAAUCUUGCAUUUUCAGCGGCCGACGAUAGACGGAUAAGGCUAUUUCUUUCCUUCUGCUCAGUCACUCCUUCAAUCUGCAAGAAAACCUUUCACUCCCAUGAACUAAAUUCCAUCAGCAAUCCCUUUUCCUCUUCUCUCUCAUACCAUGGGCUCCAAUGUCGUCCCUCAGUUUGAUUUGCAGGCUCUGUUUAUGAUCCAUAGAAAGCCUACUCAAUGGCCUAUGCCGAAUCUAGGGUUUUCAUCUUUCGUCUCUCGCGCUUCCUCUUCGUUCGGUUCAACUCCAGUUUUAACUUCUAUCAGGGUUUCGGUGAACUCUUUCGGCUCCAGCUUCGACCCACUGGUCUCAAAAUUGGCCAAUCGGUCUUUCAUUGUCAGAGCGGAAGCGGAUCCAGGAACAGAAUUGGAAGUUGUUGAGAAUGUAGAAGAGAAUGUGGUGGUUGUUGAGUCUGAAGCCGAGGAAGCUGAAUUAUUAUCGGAGGCUGAAGCCGAGGAAAAACCACCAAGGAAGCCCAGGGUUAAGCUGGGAGAGAUAAUGGGGAUUUUGAAUAAGCGGGCGAUUGAGGCGUCAGAUAAGGAAAGACCUACACCAGACCUAAGAACUGGUGAUAUUGUCGAAAUUAAGCUGGAAGUACCAGAAAAUAGGCGUAGGUUGUCAAUCUAUAAAGGUAUUGUUAUCUCCAAGCAAAAUUCUGGUAUUCACACUACAAUUCGGAUUCGGAGGAUUAUUGCAGGCAUUGGAGUGGAGAUUGUAUUCCCCAUAUACUCACCAAACAUCAAAGAAAUCAAAGUAGUUAAGCACAGGAAGGUCAGGAGAGCAAGAUUGUAUUAUCUAAGAGACAAGCUUCCCAGGCUCUCCACUUUCAAAUGAUGCUCAUGGAUGCAGCCAUGUCUAGUGUAUCCGGCUUUUUAAGUGGCCUUUACUCUUGCUGAGAAGUGCUAGUAAAUGCAUUUAAUUUUUUUUCGUCAGAUAUAUUUUAUGAUAAAUAUAUCAUUACUCCCUUUUUGGUUUACUAACUUGCUCUGCUGGUUAGAUUUGCAAUUUUUAGUGGCCAUCAAGCCUUGCAUCAGUCUAUCAUUCUAUUUGAUUUUUUUUGGCUGUGAGAGUAUGUGUGCAUAUGUGUGUGUGUGUGUGUGAGAGAGAGAGAG